CGUCUCCUCUAACCGGAUGGUAUCGGUGUAGAGGAAGUUUUGUUUUGCGAGUUUUCCGUCCGUUUCGACUGGCUGGGUAUUAAUACAACACGCUUCAAAGAGCAUGAAAUGAUAUUAGUGUGAAUUGAGUUACCGGCAAAAGCUAACCUGCUCACCGUGAGAGUGAAACGCAGGCUGUUUGAAGCGGCGGAACUCUUCACAUUAACCCGAGAGCACCUUGUUGCUAAAGCUAACGUUACCUAGCUAGUUAGCGCGGCUAACGUCAGCCUCUGGUCUGCGUUGUGUUGAAGGGGCUCUCCGAGCUAACGAAGCCAUGGGGAACCGGGGCAUGGAAGACCUGAUUCCCCUGAUCAACAAGCUUCAGGACGCUUUUAGCUCCAUUGGCCAGAGCUGCAAUUUAGACCUUCCUCAGAUUGCUGUGGUCGGCGGACAGAGCGCUGGAAAAAGCUCUGUCUUGGAAAAUUUUGUCGGCAGGGACUUUCUUCCUCGUGGAUCAGGCAUCGUCACCCGAAGACCUCUCAUUUUGCAGCUGGUCAACAAUAUAGCAGAAUAUGCCGAAUUCCUACACUGCAAAGGGAAGAAAUUUGUGGAUUUUGAAGAAGUGCGGAUGGAAAUUGAGGCGGAAACCGACAGGAUAACAGGCUCCAACAAAGGCAUCUCUCCCAUACCAAUUAACCUGAGGGUCUACUCCCCACACGUGUUGAAUCUGACCCUGAUCGACCUUCCGGGAAUGACUAAGGUUGCUGUCGGCGACCAGCCCCAUGAUAUUGAGCACCAGAUCCGUGACAUGUUGAUGCAGUUCAUCACAAAGGAAAGCUGUCUGAUCCUGGCAGUCACCCCCGCCAACACUGACCUGGCCAACUCUGAUGCUCUGAAGAUCGCCAAGGAGGUGGACCCACAGGGUGUGCGUACCAUCGGCGUCAUAACAAAGCUGGACUUGAUGGACGAAGGGACAGACGCAAAAGACAUUCUAGAAAAUAAACUUCUCCCGCUGCGAAGAGGUUACAUUGGCGUGGUGAACCGCAGUCAGAAGGAUAUUGACGGGAAAAAGGACAUUCGCGCUGCUUUAGCUGCAGAGAGGAAGUUCUUUUUGUCGCACCCUGCCUACAGACACAUGGCAGAACGUAUGGGCACACCACAUCUACAAAAGGCACUCAAUCAGCAAUUGACAAACCACAUCAGGGACACGCUGCCUGGACUGCGCAGUAAGCUGCAAAGCCAGCUCCUCUCACUAGAGAAGGAGGUGGAGGAGUACAAGAACUUCCGUCCGGAUGACCCAACACGCAAGACCAAAGCCUUAUUGCAGAUGGUGCAGCAGUUCGGCGUGGACUUCGAGAAAUGCAUCGAAGGCUCCGGGGACCAGGUCGAAACCAACGAGCUGUCUGGAGGCGCCAAGAUCAAUCGCAUCUUUCACGAACGCUUUCCCUUUGAACUGGUCAAGAUUGUUUUUGAUGAGAAGGAGCUCAGGAGGGAAAUCAGUCACGCAAUCAAGAACGUUCACGGUGUCAGAACGGGGCUGUUCACUCCAGACCUGGCGUUUGAGGCCAUCGUGAAAAAGCAGAUCGUUAAACUGAAAACGCCCUGUCUCAAAUGUAUCGAUCUGGUCAUUCAGGAGCUCAUCAACACAGUCAGGCAGUGCACCAACAAGCUCGCCUCCUACCCCAGACUGAGAGAGGAGACCGAGAGGAUCGUCACCACUCACAUCAGAGAAAGAGAAGGGAAGAGCAAGGACCAGGUUUUGCUGCUGAUUGACAUUGAGCUGUCCUACAUCAACACCAACCAUGAGGACUUCAUAGGCUUUGCAAAUCUUGACUACCGAAGAAUGGAUGAUGGUAGCAUCCCUGGGUACGGCAACAACAGCGCCCAGCAGAGGAACACAGCUGCAAACAAGAAGAGGGCCAUCCCCAACCAGGGUGAGAUUCUGGUGAUCCGGAAAGGCUGGCUGACCAUCAACAUCAGCAUCAUGAAGGGAGGCUCGAAGGAGUACUGGUUCGUCCUGACCGCCGAGUCCCUGUCCUGGUACAAAGACGAGGAGGAGAAAGAAAAGAAGUACAUGCUUCCCCUGGAUAACCUGAAAAUCAGAGAUGUGGAGAAAGGCUUCAUGUCGACAAAACACAUUUUUGCGAUCUUCAACACCGAACAGAGGAACGUGUACAAGGAUCUUCGCCAAAUAGAACUGGCUUGCGAUUCUCAAGAGGAUGUGGAUAGCUGGAAAGCGUCAUUCCUCAGGGCAGGAGUUUAUCCGGAAAAGGACCAGGUGGAAAAUGAAGAAGCCGCUCCUGCAGACACAUUCUCCAUGGAUCCACAGCUGGAGCGACAGGUGGAAACCAUUCGCAACCUUGUGGAUUCGUACAUCGGCAUCAUCAACAAAUCCAUCAGAGACCUCGUGCCCAAAACCAUCAUGCAUCUCAUGAUCAAUAGUUCAAAGGAUUUCAUCCACUCGGAGCUGCUGGCCUACCUCUACUCCUGUGGAGACCAAAACAGCCUAAUGGAGGAGUCAGCUGACCAGGCUCAGCGUCGAGAUGAAAUGCUCCGCAUGUAUCACGCACUCAAGGAAGCACUGAACAUCAUCGGCGACAUCAGCGCCAACACCAUCUCCACCCCGGUGCCCCCACCCGUAAAUGACACCUGGAUCCAAGAGGCCAGUCCGACCCCUCAGCGUAGGCCGCCUCCCGCCGCCGCCCCGCCCCCCAGUCGUCCUCCAGCCGUUCGGGGCCCGACACCCGGACCCCCCAUGAACCCCGCGCCGGCUUUCGGAGCUCCACUCAACCCCUCGCCUGCCUUCGGCGCUCCCCCGAUCCCAUCUCGCCCGGGUCAGCCCAUCAACGCUUUUAACAGCCACCAGGACCCCUUCAGCGCCCCCCCACAGAUCCCCUCCCGGCCGGCCCGCGUCCCACCCGGCGUACCCAGCCGAAGACCCCCUGGCGCUCCUUCUCACCGGCCCACCAUUAUCCGCCCUGCUGAGCCCUCUCUGCUAGACUAGACCUGUGGCCACCUAAAUCUGUGUGUGUGGGAGGGGUGUGCCUUUGUCUGCACACUGUAGGCCUUCGGGGGGGGGGGGGAGAGGGGGGGGGGGCGGGGCUAGAGGGGGAGAGGGGCUAAUACUCAUAUCAGUGCAUCAUCCAGCUGUAUGAUUACGUCUAUUAAAGCAAUGUUAAUAAGCUGCUAAUACCGACUUUUAUCAGUGCACAUGAAUAAAGGAAAGCCCUUAAUCACUUGAAUAUUACAUUCGACUGCUGCGGGAGUCGUGUAAUUCAGAGUAAAACCCAGCUCAUCUGAGUGCGUUUCAGCUUCUCCCGCUAGAAGCUGAAUUUAAAUUCACUUCAGGAGCCUUUUUUUAUGAUAAUAUGUUUGUUUCCUCUAAUGUGUUGCCCAGCAGAAGCUCAUUAAAAGACGUAGAGUUGCAGUCUGGCGUUCCUCUCCCCUCCCUUCACCUUCAUAGAUCGGUCCAGUCUAGAUCUCAGUGUAAUAUACACAUUUAACCUGUUCAGUGUUUUUACUGGGUUUGCAUUUCCUAACAGAUUUCAUACCGAAAAACAAUAGGUUUUAUCGUCUCCCGGUUGUUUGGUGUCUUAUUCUAUUACAUCGUUUUCCUCGUGUUAUUUUAUUCGAGUGACUUUGUCCUUUUUAAUGAUCGUCAUAAAUGUAGCUUUAAACGAAAUGAAACUCCUAAUCGCAGCAAAAAUAAAUAAAUAAAUAAAUAAAAAGACACAGGGCAGGGUUGUAAAAUGAGAAAAGUCCCCCCCCCCCCCCUCUCUUCAGCGAAUUCUGCUUCCGCGGUGAAAAGAUGUCAGCCGGAUUGCGAUCCAAGCACUUGGAACCAUCUCGCCUUUACAACAAAGCCACCCGUCGCAGUGGGGAAGUUGUAGUUUGUUACUUAGAACACUAUGCACAAAAAAAUGAAAAAAAAAAAAAAAAGAAAGAAAGAAAGCCAGGAGAAAGGAGACGGAGGGCUGUCUGCACUUUGUGGGAAGCUGUGUCUCCUUUUAAUUCUUGCCUUGAAUAUGAAUCCCUUUAGUCUCAGUUGAAUCCCAACGAGGCCUUCAGCCUUCGGGUAGACUUUGUUCACUCCUGGAUGAGCUGAUUGGUAUAGAACCAAGCACGCCGUACAGGAGCCGUGUUGGGGGGGGGGGUGCGUCGACCAGGACCGAUCUGUGCUUUUUUUUUAGAGAAUAAAGACGUCGGAAAGUGUAUCCGAACUCAGCCGUCAAAUGACACAUAUCGUAGUUAUCGGUUCUGCUUCCAUUCAUUUGAAGUAUUGUAUAUAGCUGGCCUAUACUGGGGGAGUUAGCACUUGUAUCGUACUAUAUCGCAGGGUUGAUGACAAAAAAAAACAAAACAUGAUAAUCCAAGCCCGAACGUGUU